CGUGCCACAUAUACGAUGCCGCCGGCGUUGGCUGCGCUGCUGCUGGUGCUGGUGCUGCUGAUGCGGGGCACGCACUUGACUGGAGCGGCGGCUGUCAGCGUCGGCGCAGCUGAUGACAAGGAAGUGGCACCAGUUGGCGAUGUAACAACGGAUCUGCUGUCAUUGGAGCCGGAAAUUGGCGGCUCUUUGGUGCGGAGGGAAGAGCAGGGGCAGCAACGAGGUGCCCGUCGAGAGCGUGGCAUCUUCUUAAGCGUCGGCUUCCCGGGCUAUCCCUUCGGCGGCUGGGGUAGUGGCUACGGCUGGUCCCUUCCCGGCCUGGGCUACGGCUCUUACGGGCUUGCACCCACGUACUAUGGCUAUUAUCCGGGCUACCUGGGCUAUCAGAAAAUUAUAAUCGGCUAA